CCCGAGGCCCCGCCCCUUGCGCCGCAGUGACAAGCGGUGUCGCGUCGGUCGCGGGGACAGAAUCGCCACCAGCGUUGCGGUCUCUGGUCCGCUCGGCCGAGUCCCACCGCCACGACCAUGCCCCGAGGGAGCCGCAGCGUGGCCGCCCGGCCGGCCAGCCGCCCUGCCGCACCUGCUGCCCACCCGCCCGCCCACCCUCCGCCCUCGGCCGCCGCGCCGGCUCCCGCCCCGUCGGGCCAGCCGGGCUUGAUGGCGCAGAUGGCGUCCACGGCCGCUGGGGUCGCCGUGGGCUCGGCUGUAGGGCAUGUCAUGGGCAGCGCCCUGACGGGAGCCUUCAGCGGGGGGAGCUCAGAGCCCGCCCAGCCUGCGGCUCAGCAGGCCCCUGCCCGAGCCGCCUCCCAGCCCCUGCAGAUGGGGCCCUGCGCCUAUGAGAUCAAGCAGUUCCUGGACUGCUCCACCACCCAGAGCGACCUGACCCUGUGUGAGGGCUUCAGCGAGGCCCUGAAGCAGUGCAAGUACAACCACGGUCUGAGCUCCCUGCCCUGAAGAGACCGGGCACCGUGGUGCGGAUUGGAGCAGAUUUGGGUCCAGCUCUGCACUCAACUCCACCCCUUCACCGACAGCCAGACCAAAACGCCAGAAUGUACCCAUGUAGUUAGGAUUUUUGUGGGUUCCUCACCCCAUAGAUGACCAGAGACACAAAUGUGCAAUUAAAAGUUUAUCUUAGACCAGA